AUGUCUGCAUUCCGCGAUAAGAAAACGUCAGAAGAUGAUAUACAUAUACAUCUCAUCUUAUCUAAUCGUUACAAAAAAAAGCUUUUGAUGAACCUCCUCAUACUUGGCGCAGGUUGGACCUCUACAUUUCUCAUUCCUCUCUGCGAAUCCACACACGUAACAUAUGCUGCAACUACGCGUUCUGGAUCCGAACGGACUAUCCAGUUUACAUUCGAUCCUGAAUCUGACGAUCCAAUACCAUACAAAAGGCUCCCGGACGCCCAUACGGUGCUCAUAACUUUCCCAAUAACUGUAAAAGGGGGGUCGGAGAAGUUGGUCAAACUGUACCAGCAAACACGACAAGAUACAGGUCUCGAACCGAGAUUUAUCCAGCUGGGUGCUACGUCCCUUUGGGGGGAUUCCAGCCGUAAUAACCCCAAUGCGAAGCUCACAAAACCUUCCAUAACCGAGUGGUACGACCGACAUAGUCCCAUAAAAGUUAACCCGCGAGGAGAGGAAGAAAAUGCUUUGUUGGCCUUAUCACCUGAAACACCCACGACUGUCUUGAAUCUGGCUGGGCUUUGGGGAGGAUCGAGGUCGAUGAGGAAUUGGGUUGAUAAGGUACUUCCGACGAAGGAGGUCUUGAAAUACAAAGCAAGUCUACAUAUGAUACACGGUCUUGACGUUGCAAGGGCUAUACUCGCCGUUCACCUCCACACCCAGUUCCCAGCUGGAGAACGAUGGAUCCUGACGGACAUGCGUGUUUAUGAUUGGUGGGAUCUUUCUUCGGCUUGGAGUGUGGGUGAGGGUGACAAGAAAGAUGGUCCUCAAGCUGCGUGGGUUCGAGAGCUGAUGCGUGAAGAAGGUGUUCGUGCCUUGCCUCGUUCUCCUGAGCAGCUUGGAAGAGCACUGGAUUCAAGGGAGUUUUGGGAAUUUUUUGGGUUAUCGCCGAUGAAGAGGCUGGAUUAA